ACUGUCAAAUCGAUUUAAGCGUAUAACAAAGUUUAGAACUCAAUGGAUUUAAUGUGAAGUGGUAGUCCUUUUAUUCAUAGAAUUUUAGCGUUGUUUUACUUAUAUCUCGUAUUUUUUUAUCAAUGCGUUGUAAUAAUAAAGUGUGUUUGACUGGAAAAACUGUUAUAGUUACCGGAUCUAACACAGGUAUUGGAUUCGAAACUGCUUUAGAAUGCGCCAAAAGAGGAGCUAAAGUGAUAGUAGCUUGCAGGGAUGAAUUAAAGGGUUCAGUAGCGGUUCAAAACAUCAAAACUCUCACAGGAAAUUACAAUGUGAUAUUGAAAUUAAUCGAUUUUUCUUCAUUACAAUCGGUGAGAAGAUUUGCGGAUGACGUUCUAUUAACUGAAGAAAGAUUGGAUAUUCUAAUUAAUAACGCCGGAGCUCUGGCAUUAGGAAACCACAUAACUGAUGACGGCUUUCAACUUGAAAUGCAAGUUAAUUAUUUUGGACCAGCAUUAUUAACAUUAAUUUUGAUAGAUUUAUUGAAGAAAUCUGCUCCUAGUCGAAUAGUCAACGUGUCUUCUAUAGCCGCUAAACGUGCAAAAAUGAAAAGUGUAGAUAAAUUGAUAGCUUAUGACGGCCAUUUCGAUUGCUAUGCUAAUACUAAAUUGUGUGUCAUUCUAUUUACGCAAGAAUUGUCUAAAAGACUGAAACAAUUCGAUGUCAGUGUGUUUACUCUUCAUCCUGGAUAUAUAGCGACCGAAAUUCUUACUCGGCAUUUAGGACCCUUCAAAUCAUGUUUAACUUAUAUGUCCAGAAGAAUUUUCAAAAGUCCCGAAGAAGGUGCCCAAACAACUUUAUAUUGUGCUCUGGAGUCAGGUAUUGAGCAUUUAACUGGUGGAUUUUUCAUUGAAUGUCAAUAUCAAGAACAUUUUAAAACCGCUCAAAAUCCAAUUUUAGCCGAACAACUCUGGUACGAAACAAUUAAGUUUCUGAAUUUUAGUGAUUAACGACUACUAAUGAUAAUUUGUUUAAAGACGUAUUGAUUACCAACAACAGUAUUAGUGAAACUUAUUAACAAGAUAUUUUUUAAUUCGGCUAUUUAAUGUUUAUGUGAAUGUCGUUUAGGCCGCUUGACAUUUUGCAAUAAAUGCAAUGCAAGACGCAAUAUUCAGCUGAUUGUUUCAUAUAAAAUCUCGCACUUGUAAAAUUAUCGAUUGAUUGGAUGCAAUUCUAGGGAAAAGUUUAGUUACUUCUCGCGUAAAAACCAACCUGUUCAUCAGGUUGCAAAAGAGAGGCAACGGCAGAUAUCAAUUAUUACUAAUUUUUCACUGAUCAUUUUUUUCUUGAUCAUUUUACUUAGAAAAUAAAACAUUUCAUUUUUAAACCUCAAAAUAUUGAAUGAAAUUUGACGUUAGGAAUUUUUUUAAUUUACUUAUGGAAUUUUUAUUAGUAGUUGUAGUGGUAAGAGUGGUAAUGUCAAACGACAUGCAAUAUUAAUCUAUGAAAUAUUUUGACAAAUUGCGUGAAAUUUCUUGCAAAUUGUCUUGCACCAGGUCAUGCAGUCUUUAGAAAUAAUUGAUUUGGAUGGCAAAUAUUUGAGAAAUUGGUGAUUCAAAUUAGUAGAUUCUAAUAAUAGUAGAAUAUCAGAAUAAUUCUUUUGAAGAUUUUUUUCAAUUACAUCAUAUACUUUAGAUGUUUUUUCAUGAAUUAAAUUAAUUGAAUUGAAUAAUUUGAAGACUAUUACUAUCUACAUAUUCUAUGUUUUUUCGUUUCCAUAUUUUAGUUCUUCCUUUUCUAUAUAAUGUAAUAAUUGGUUGUGAAUAAAUUUUUCAUUAUA